AUGUUAACAAACGAAAACAAGUCAUGGGCAUCGAGUAUCCCUAAAGCUCAAGGACUUUAUGAUCCCGAAUACGAAAAAGACGCAUGUGGUGUUGGUUUUAUAGUCCAUGUCAAAGGUCUUCGCUCUCACAAAAUUCUAAAGGAUGCAAGUGAAGUCUUAUGCAACAUGACGCAUCGUGGUGCUAGUGGUGCCGAUAUUCGUGAUGGUGAUGGUGCUGGUGUUAUGACAGCUAUUCCUCAUCAAUAUUUUAUCAAUGAAACUUCAAGAGAACUGGGUGUCACCCUACCCGAAGAAGGCAAAUAUGCUGUUGGCAACUUGUUUAUGAAAGAUGUUGGAGAGUCCCAGAAAGUGUUUGAAUCCCUAGCAGAUGACCUAAAUUUGAAAGUGUUGGGUUGGCGUCGCGUCCCGGUAGAUUCCUCCAUUAUUGGUCCAGCAGCAAGAUCAAAAGAACCUACCAUUGCUCAACCAUUUGUGGUACUGAAAGACGGCGUUGAGUUUAAUGAAGGUUAUUUUGAGCGUCAAUUGUAUGUGUUGCGUAAACAUGCAACUCAUACCUUGACAAUGAAAAAAUGGUUUUAUAUUUGUUCUCUUUCCAACAAAAACAUUGUUUACAAGGGUCAGUUGACACCAAAGCAAGUUUAUUUGUAUUACUACGAUUUAUUGAAUGUUCAGUACACAACUCAUUUUGCUUUGGUUCAUUCUCGUUUUUCUACAAAUACUUUUCCUUCUUGGGACCGUGCUCAGCCUAUGCGUUGGUCUGCACAUAACGGUGAAAUCAAUACCUUGCGUGGAAACAAAAACUGGAUGCGUUCUCGUGAAGGUAUCAUGACAUCAGACAAGUUUGGUGAUGAAUUGGAGCUACUCUAUCCUAUCAUUGAAGAAGGUGGUUCCGAUUCUGCUGCUUUUGAUAAUGUGUUGGAACUUUUGGUUGUCAAUGGUGUCUUGACUUUGCCUGAAGCUGUCAUGAUGAUGGUGCCUGAGGCAUGGCAGAAUAAUCAGUUGAUGUCUGUUGAAAAGAAGGGUUUUUAUGAAUGGGCUGCUUCUUUAAUGGAACCUUGGGAUGGUCCUGCCCUCUUUAUUUUCUCGGAUGGCCGUUAUUGUGGUGCUUCUCUUGACCGUAAUGGUUUGCGUCCUUGUCGAUACUAUCUUACUUCUGAUGAUAUCAUGAUCUGUGCAUCUGAAGUCGGUACUGUCUUUGUUGAUCCUGAAUCCGUAAUUCAAAAAGGUCGUCUAAAGCCUGGUCGCAUGCUUUUGGUAGAUACUCUCAAAGGUGUUGUGGUAGACGAUACUCAACUCAAACUUGAAACCGCAAAAAAGAAACCAUUUGUUGAAUGGGUCAAGAACAAGAAGAUUAAACUGGAUGAUUUGGUCUCUGCCUUAGAACCUGAAAGUGCUAUAAAGUUGGAUGAUACCAAUAUCAAUUCAGACCCUCGUCUAAAAGCAUUUGGCUAUACGCUUGAACAAUUUAACUUGCUAAUGUUGCCAAUGACUUCGGAAGGCAAAGAACCUCUUGGAUCAAUGGGUAAUGAUACUGUACUUGCCUGUCUAUCCGAGCAACCUCGUCUUCUCUACGAAUACUUUCGCCAACUCUUUGCUCAAGUGACUAAUCCUCCCAUUGAUCCUAUUCGUGAAGAAAUUGUUAUGUCUCUUGAAUGCUACAUUGGUCCUGAAGGCAAUAUUCUCGAAAUUGAUGAAAACCAAUGUCACAAGUUGACUUUACCUUCACCUAUCUUGUAUAUGGAAGAACUAGAAGCAGUCAAGCAGAUGACUCACUUAUUUCCUGAGUGGAAGGUGGCUACAAUCGACAUUACUUUUGAAAAGUCUGCUGGUGUCCAGGGUUACCUUGAUGCUCUUGAACGUAUUUGUGAACAAGUAACUAAGGCCAUUGAUUCUGGAUAUAAAGUUGUCGUGUUAUCUGAUCGUGCUGUCUCUGCUAGCCGUGUUGCUAUUUCUACCUUGAUUGCUACUGGUGGUGUACAUCAUCAUUUGGUGAGAAAUAAGAAGCGUAGUCGUGUUUCUUUUAUGGUUGAAACAGCAGAAGCUCGUGAAGUUCAUCACUUUUGUGUAUUGCUUGGUUAUGGUGCUGAUGCUAUUUGUCCUUACUUGGCCAUGGAAGCUAUGAUGAAAUUCCAUCGUGAAGGUGCUGUCCGUAAUGAUUAUACGGUUGAGAAAUUAUUGCACAAUUAUAGAAAGGCCAUUAAUAACGGUAUCUUGAAGGUCAUGUCCAAGAUGGGUAUUUCUACUUUGGCUUCUUACAAGGGUGCUCAGAUCUUUGAAGCACUUGGUGUAGAUGAUACUGUUAUCAGCCGUUGCUUUGCUGGUACUUCUUCUCGUAUCAAGGGUGCCACAUUUGAUGUAUUUGCUCUGGAUGCCUUGACUUUGCAUGAAGGUGGCUAUCCUACUCGCAAUGUAGUUCAACCUGUUGGUCUUCCUGAAUCUGGGGAAUAUCACUGGCGCGAUGGUGGUGAAGCCCAUAUUACUGAGCCUUCUGGUAUUGCUAAUUUACAAGAUGCUGUUCGCCGCAAAAACCAAAGCUCUUACGAUGUUUAUUCUCAUAAUGCCCAUAAUGCAAUUAAGAAAUGCACACUGCGUGGUAUGUUGGACUUCAACUUUGAUGAACGCAAGCCAAUUCCUGUUGAACAAGUUGAACCCUGGACCAACAUUGUGAAGCGUUUUGUCACAGGUGCUAUGUCGUAUGGCUCCAUUUCUUGGGAGACACAUAUUGCCUUGGCUGCUGCUAUGAAUCAACUUGGAGGCAAGUCCAAUACAGGCGAAGGUGGCGAAAAGCCUGAACGUUCAACUCUCAAAGCAAAUGGUACUGCACUUCGUUCUGCUAUCAAGCAAGUAGCUUCUGGUCGCUUUGGUGUAACAAGUUAUUAUCUUGCUGAUUCUGAUGAGUUACAAAUCAAGAUGGCUCAAGGUGCUAAACCUGGUGAAGGUGGUGAAUUGGCUGGUACCAAGGUUUCUGAAGAAAUUGCCAGUACACGUAAGACAACACCUGGUAUCGGUUUGAUUUCCCCUCCUCCACAUCAUGAUAUUUAUUCUAUCGAAGAUUUGAAGCAAUUGAUUUACGACCUCAAGUCUUCUAACCCUCGCGCUCGCAUCUCUGUCAAGCUUGUUUCUGAAGUGGGUGUGGGCAUUGUUGCUGCUGGUGUAGUCAAGGCCAAAGCAGACCAUAUUUUGAUCUCUGGUCAUGAUGGUGGUACGGGUGCCUCUCGUUGGACUGGUAUCAAAUAUGCUGGUCUUCCUUGGGAACUUGGUCUUGCAGAAACACAUCAAACUUUGGUAUUGAAUGAUUUGCGUGGCCGUGUAAUCGUUCAAACAGACGGUCAGAUCAAGACAGGUCGUGAUGUUGCUGUUGCUUGUUUACUCGGUGCAGAAGAAUGGGGUUUUGCUACUACUCCUCUUAUUGCUCUUGGCUGUAUCAUGAUGAGAAAGUGUCAUUUGAACACUUGUCCUGUAGGUAUUGCUACACAAGACCCUGAAUUGCGUAAAAAGUUUACUGGUGAACCUGAACAUGUUGUCAACUUCUUUUAUUAUGUUGCUGAGGAAAUGCGUAGUAUCAUGGCUAAGCUUGGCUUCCGUACUAUUAACGAAAUGGUGGGUCGUGCUGAGCUUUUGAAGGUUGACGAUUCUCUCCGUACAUUCAAGACUGCCAAUUUGGAUUUAUCACCCAUCUUGACUCCUGCUAAUGCCUUGCGUCCAGGUGUUGCUACGCACAACACGACAAAGCAAAGACACAAUCUUCAUGUUCGUCUUGAUAAUUACUUAAUUGAUGAAGCUGAAGCAGUCUUUUCUGGUGCUGAAAAGUCCGUCCAUAUUCAGGGCCAAGUCGUUAAUACAGAUCGCGCUUUGGGUGCCACUCUUUCUUACCAUGUCUCUAAACGAUUUGGCGAAAAUGGCUUACCUGAAGACUCUAUUCAUGUUGCUCUUGAAGGCUCUGCUGGUCAAUCUUUUGGUGCCUUCUUGGCUCCUGGUAUAUUUUUCGAAUUAGAAGGUGAUUCUAAUGAUUAUGUGGGCAAAGGGCUUUCUGGUGGCAAACUUGCUAUUUAUCCUCCGAAGAACUCCACCUUCAAACCUCAAGACAAUAUUGUUGUCGGCAAUGUUUGUCUCUAUGGUGCUACCAGUGGUAAAGCCUUCUUACGAGGUGUAGCUGCUGAGCGCUUCUGUGUCCGUAACUCAGGUGCUAUUGCUGUUUGUGAAGGCGUUGGUGAUCAUGGUUGUGAAUAUAUGACAGGUGGCCGUGUUGUCAUUCUUGGUAGCACUGGUCGUAACUUUGCUGCUGGUAUGUCUGGUGGUAUAGCCUAUAUCUUGGACCUAAACAACAGCUUCCGUGAAUUGGUCAAUACCGAAAUGGUUGAUUUAGAAACGGUGAAUGACAAUGAGCGCAUUGCCGAACUGCGUGACUUGAUUGAAGACCACCGCCACUAUACUGGAUCUGAGGUCGCUGAACAAGUCCUCAAGAACUUUAAUGAGUACCUUCCUAAAUUUGUCAUGGUCAUGCCUAUUGAAUAUGGUAAAUUACUGAAGCGUCAACGUGAAGCCCUCGCUCAUCCCAACAUGGAAAAGAAAUCCGUUGAUGAUACUAGCCAAAAGAAAUUUGAGCCUCAACUUGAAGAUGUUGAAGAUAGUGCAUUGUCUGAAGAAGAAAUUCUUAAGCGUCGUGAAAGACUAGACAAAUUACGAGGUUUUAUGAAAUAUAAGCGCAGAACUGAUCCUUAUCGUGACCCUAAGAAGCGUUUAAAAGAUUGGGACGAAGUCAAUGUUCGUCUUACUCGUCCUCAACUUCAUGAACAAGCUGCUCGUUGUAUGGAUUGUGGUGUGCCUUUUUGUCAAUCUGACACUGGUUGUCCAAUUGGCAACAUUAUCCCCAAAUGGAAUGAACUCGUAUUCAAAGACAAUUGGAAAGAAGCACUUGAUCGUCUUUUGAUGACCAACAACUUCCCUGAAUUUACAGGUCGUGUUUGUCCUGCUCCAUGUGAACAAAGUUGUGUACUCAAUAUCAAUGAACCUCCUGUUGCUAUCAAGAGCAUUGAAUGUGCCAUCAUCGAUCAUGGCUUUAAAGAAGGUUGGAUAGUGCCUAAACCACCUGCUCAGCGUACUGGUAAAAAAAUUGGUAUCAUUGGCUCUGGUCCUGCUGGCUUAGCUGCUGCUGAUCAACUGAACAAGGCUGGCCAUCUUGUCACUGUUUAUGACCGAAAUGAUCGUAUGGGUGGUCUAUUGAUGUACGGUAUUCCUAACAUGAAGCUUGAUAAAAAGAUUGUUCAACGUCGUAUUGAUCUCUUGGCUGCUGAAGGUAUUACUUUUGUUCCCAAUGCUCACGUUGGUGUCAAUAUCGAUGCAAACACCAUUCGCGAGCAAAAUGAUGCGUUGAUUCUUGCUACAGGUGCUACUUGGCCUAGAGAUCUCAAAAUUCCUGGUCGCGAUACUGAUGGUAUUCAUUUUGCUAUGGACUUCCUUCAAGCUAACACCAAAAGUUUGCUCGAUUCUGGAUUAAAAGAUGGCCAUUAUCUUUCUGCAAAGGACAAGAAUGUCGUUGUAAUUGGUGGUGGUGAUACUGGUAAUGAUUGCAUUGGUACCUCAGUUCGUCAUGGAUGCAAGUCCGUUAUUAAUUUUGAACUGCUUCCUCAACCUCCUGCUGAAAGAGCAAGUGACAACCCAUGGCCUGAAUACGGUAGAAUCUUCCGUGUCGAUUAUGGUCAUAGCGAAGUCAAGACUCAUUUCGGAAAAGAUCCUCGAGAAUACUGUGUUCUUUCUAAAGAAUUCAUUACAGAUUCAGAUAAUAAGGUUAAGGGUAUCAAGACUGUCCGUGUUGAAUGGACAAAAGACGAUUCUGGUCGAUGGGCAAUGAAAGAGUUAGAAGGAACCGAACAAACAUUUGAAGCUGACCUUGUGCUUCUAUCAAUGGGUUUUCUUGGUGCUGAAGAUGCCAUCCUCAAACAAUUGUCUGUUAAGCAAGAUGGCCGCUCUAAUAUUGAGACACCAAAGGGUAGAUUCACAACUUCUGUUUCUGGUGUUUAUGCAGCGGGUGAUUGUCGUCGAGGUCAAUCUUUGAUCGUAUGGGGUAUUAAUGAAGGUCGUAUGUGUGCACGUGAGGUUGAUCAACAACUAAUGCAGAGUACAUAUCUCCCUGUCACUGGUGGCAUUAAUCAACGUAAUGUCAUUCGAGUUUCUGCUUAA